UACGCCUGUAAGAUAACUGCUUGCAGUCUUGUAUUUCUCAGUGUGAAAUUUCGUCCAAAUGUGGUUCGAUUCUUCUUUGAAAUGGCAGAGAAAGACUUUUUACCCUUAACACAGAACAUUGUGCGUGGAUUGAACGAUAAAUUGUACGAAAAAAGGAAAACAGCUGCCUUGGAAAUUGAACGGUAAGCCAACGUUUUGGCGUUUUGACUAGCCGCCAUGUUUUCGUUUGAUCUAACUCUUACACGAGUUCAUUUUUGAUUUCAGUUCUGUUGAUUGUAUUAAAGUCAUUUUGCCUUUGAUUUGCUAUAAUUCUUACGUUUUGCUCGCUGACGUAUUCGUGUCGAGGUAAUUCUCGCUUCUUUGAAUCUUCGUUUCACUAUCAGUAUGGUCAAAGAGUUUGUCGCCAAUAAUGAUGUCCGGCAAAUAACACGAUUGACUGCUGUCCUUGCUGAUGAGUUUGCAGUUUCCCACAACAAUCACUCCAGAAAAGGAGGGCUUAUUGGGCUUGCAGCUACCGCCAUUGCUUUAGGAAAGGUAUCCUUACAAAUACAGUCAGUCAACUUCUACUGUGUACUUCCUCAGUUAGCUUUACUACAAGAAGACCAAGAAGUCACAUAAGUUAAUUAUUGUUAUUAGUGAACUCACGCAACAGGAUGGCAGAGUAACGAAGAUGGCAAACUUUGUGUCCCAAGCGUGACAAUAAUUUUGUUUGAAAUAAUUUUUCGCCAAAUUUCACUUCCCAUUAAACGAAUCUUUUUGUAUAGACCAGAAAACAUUAAUGUUAAGUGAAGAUCAUGACAAAACUCGUAAUAGCAAUGUCACCUUUGUCACACACAAGCGUUUUGCCGUCCUCUUCUUCCUGCUGUCCUGUUGCGUAAACUCACUAUUAUUGUGCCAACUUUGUUUGAAUUAUUUCAGAGUGCGGCAAUGAUAGGGUGUUUUUUAAUCAGCACAUUCCAAAACAACACCGUAAAAUACCGUAACAUUCUGAAAAUAAGCCCCUCCAUGUAAAAGCCCCUCCAAAUAUAAGCCCCCCAAACUUGUAAAGCAAAAAGACCCUCAGUUAAAUCGCCCCCUAAGCAAAAACUGUAUAGUAACCCAUACAUUUUUGCGUUUGCCAAAGAACUAUUAAAUGUGCCAAAUGAUUGUAGUCAAAAAGUUUCACAGUAUCCUGCUGUUUGCGUCCUUUACUGUUAACCUUGGCUUGGAUUUCCUUGUUCCAUAUAGACAAUGUACUUGCAUGGCUGUGUUUUAGUAAGAUCCAUGUCCUCAAGGCGAGUUUCAGUAAAAACUUUCUGCAAAUUUCUGAGUAGCAUAAAUUUCCUUCCAAUUGUAAGCUAGCCCAAUCGAUUUUGAAAUGUAAAUUUUCCUCCCAGUAUUAUAUAAGCCUAGCCGAUACUGAAAUUCAAAUUUCCCUCUGUACACAUAAGCCCCUCCAAAAAUAAGCCCCUCAAAAAGGGCCUUUGAAAAAUAUAGGUCCCGGGGCUUAUUUUUCAGAAUUUUACGGUAAUGUUUUCACAUAAAGACAGAAUGGACCUUAUUCAUAGGAGUGAGAGUAUAUAGUAAGACUGCUUAAGGAGGUGGAGAAGAGCAAUUAUUAGAUAAAUACACAACAGAAGAAACAAAAAUUUAACUGAAUCUAGACUAAGGCGAUGAUAGAAAUUUUAUGGUUGCUCGAUACCAAUGGCUAUGACUUUGGGACAGAAUAAUGAGUUUGUUUUGUGAGAAGUUUGUUUGCCAUUCAUAUAAGUGCUGGCGUCCAUGAUAACAAAGUGUCUGUGAGAGUUAGUAGAGUGGUCUCUCACACGAAACUACUGAAUGUGUAUCUCAUGUACAGGUCAGCAUGUCAGAUGUGUACUACUUACAAACUUAUUUUACAACUUCUUUUUCUCUCAAGGAUGCUGGGCUGUACCUGAAGAAUCUUAUUCCUCCAGUUUUGGCUUGUUUUUAUGAUCAAGACAGCCGAGUACGUUACUAUGCUUGUGAAGCUCUGUAUAACAUUGCCAAGGUAGCAAGAGGCUCUGUAUUACCAUUCUUCAAUGAUGUAUUUGAUGGCCUCAGUAAAGUGAGUAAUACCUUACCAUGCAGUCAAUCACUGAGUCAGUCAGUAAAUUAGUCAACCGUGUAAAAGUGCUACGCGUUCAAAUAAGGACUCAAGCACCAGGACUGGAGUGAUUUACGAAUCAUGUAUUUUAAACAGCCGCUCAGGCAAGAAACACACCAACAGUCACGUGUGAAAUCAUUACAUAAUGAAACUCGAUCUGUUACAAAAGCCUAUUGUUACAAACUAUUUCAGUUACACAUUCAGUAAGUCAGGCAGUUUGUUAGUAAGAUCUAUAGACAGUUAUCCAGUAAGACAGACAUAGAGUCAAUCAAUCAAUUAAUCAGUCAAUCAGUUAAUCAAUGAAUCAAUGAAUCAAUGAAUCAAUGAAUUAACAGUUAACGAAUGAGGCUGAGUAUCUUAUGAAGAAUUAUGGAGAUCGAGGAGGAUGUUAUCCGUCGAGGCCGUAGGCCGAGGCGGAUUAUACCCUCCGAGAUCUCCAUAAUUCUUCAUAUGAUACGAAAGCCGAAUUCAAUAACUGUUUUAUUAUUCAUUCAAAAUAAUUCCUAGUUUAAAAACAUAGCUAAAACAUGCUUACCUCCAUCGAUCCAUCGAUGUUCAGUUCAUCUUCGAUGGUGUAUGUUUAGUUAUCUCCAGCUCCGCGAAUAUUCUCCAAAUAGCAGAUGUCGCCCUUCGAGUUGCCUUCUUGCUGUUCUUGCCAUGUUUUUAGCUAUUUUUUCGCCUAGUUCUUACUCUUGAAACGAGUGAAAUGUCCGCCAUUUUUUCAAGUUCACAACCAAAACAACUCAACCUCGUCCCCAGGUCUCCUCGGUUAACGGUGCCUUAACCUGCGAAAACGCUGCAUUUUUGACGUCAUUUCCUCGUUAAAGUCAAAUUUCUUCCAAAUUUGGUCAUCAGUAACUGGUUAUGGUGAAUUAAGCGUGUGCUAUUAGCCAAUCAGAAUCGGGGAAAUAUUUUGAAUGAAUAAUAAUCAAUAUUAAUCAAUAAAGCAAUAUCUGUCAGUCUCUCAGCCAACCGACAAUCCACGUAGGAAUAAUGCAUUAUACAGUACAAACAGCAAACCAUCAUUAUUAGUUUAGCAAAACAAAACAGAAGGGAAUAAACAAACAGGAGGAAAAAAUAAAGGUCACUUUUAUAACUUACAAGGUACAAAAUCUACGUAUAUCCACAAUGAGUUAGUUUUGUUCACUGUAUUUUCAUUCCCCUCCUAAAACUUUGCAAUGGUCUGAAAUAAUGCUAUUAUCUUUUUUAAACCUAAUGUGCAAGUUCUCAAAGUGAUUGUUGUUGUUGACUGUUCAGCUUGCAGCUGAUCCAGAUCCAAAUGUAAAAAACGGAGCAGAGCUUCUUGACAGGUUGAUAAAAGUAAGUAACAUGACAUCAUUGGUGAAAAACAGCAGAGUAUUGUCUCUGUUAUAUGUACAUGUAGUGUAUAAAAUUACAGGCAUUAAAAAUCCCAGAAAUUCACUACUUUCACAUAGACCACAAUGCACCUUAUUUACCCCACCACUCCCCACUCCCCCCCCCUGCCAAAAAAAAGUACUGCAGGACCCUUUUUUCCAAUUUCUCCUGGGUAUUACAGUUGUCCCAAGAGAAAUCCAAGGAAAUGGUAAUGCAAAAUGUUGAGGGGUAAACAAGGAACAUUAUGGUCUAUGUGAAAAUGCUAAAUUGAGAAAGAUGAUUUUUCAGUCAGUGACACAGGCGGCUCGGAAGAAAAAAUCCAAGUACUGCCAGUAGGAGCGGAACCUCUGACCUUGUUGUCACUUGUCCAGAUAGAACUCUACCAGUAAAGUACAGGAGACUUGUGGGAGCUAAGGCCACUAAAUAACUUCUGUAGUCAAUAAAAUCUAAUCUGUGAAUUAUGUGUAUACAGUGUACCAAGAAACAUGUCAACUUGUUAUCGUAAUUAUGAUUUCAUCACUUAAUUAAUUUUUAAUAUUUUGAAUUGUACCUUAGGAUAUUGUGACAGAAAGCUCCUCAUUUGAUUUGGUGUCCUUUAUUCCAUUGUUGAGAGACAGAAUUUAUACAGCAAAUCCAUUUGCAAAGCAGUUUUUAGUGUCUUGGGUGAGUGUUGUAGGGCAUAAAAGCAUCUGCAUUUUGUUUUCCUAUCUCUGAACUGAACUAUAGAUACCUUUGUAGCUCUAAAAUUGUUUUAGGUUCAAUUUUAUCCACCACUUUCAAUAACAAAAAAAAAAUCCAUACUGAAGUUGCUGUUCUUCAGACAGACAUCAACACGGUGUGUAUAUGUUACAGGUCAAAUUUGCUCUCAGGUUAAAAAUUUUUAACCGAGGUUGAUUCUUGAUUUCCUUUGUCUACCAGGGCUAGAUGACUUAUGAAAGGAACUUGAGCAUCAACCUAGGUUAAAUCAAAAUUAACCUCAGAUCAAAUUUGACCUGUAACAUAAUUAUAUAUAUUUUGUGGUUCAAAUUUAAUCUUUGGUUUUAAAUUUUUUAAACCAGAUUAAAUUUUUUGAAACCAGUUUGAAAUUUUUAAACUGGUUGGAAAUUUUUUAACACAUAACUUGUUCUCAUUUAUUGUAUCCUUUAAGAGAUGGGUUAAAGGGUAAUGUGGACUUUUGUUUCUCUGUUUUAGCUCAUGGUGAUAGAUGCGGUUCCAGACCUGGAUCUUAUUGCCCACCUCCCAGAGUUUCUUGAUGGGCUCUUCAAUAUUUUCAAGGAUCGUAAUGCAGAAAUCAGAAAAAUGUAAGUCACAAUGGAGCGUUAAGGGGUAGAGAGUGGAUGGAAACUUCGAGACAUUCCAAAAUUGAUAAAAUUUCCAGCAAGGUCAUUAUGUUUCUUUUUCAUGAGUGGGGAUUCUCAACUCAGCUUGAUCUUCAAUGACUGAUUCUUAAUUCUCAAACUAUAUUUAAUCGUCACACAUGUAUAGGAAUUAUCAAGAAUCAAGUGGAAAAUAAGUAACAAGCUCAUUUUUUCCCCUAUCUAAAGAAUCCUUAAACCAAGUUUUACUCAGAAUAAUACUAAUGCCUUUCAUGCAACUGUGUAGGUGUGAAGCAGUCUUGGGUGAAUUCCUUAGAGGGAUCAAGAGAGAAUCUAAAAAUGUCAACUUUGCCAAUAUGGUCAACAUUUUGGUUUUACAUUCACAAUCAGAAGGUAAUUGCCUCAGUUAAUACUUGUACGAAAUUUUAAUCCUUAUGAUACGUGCACAUAGUUAUAUAAUCAUCAUCAUCAUGAUCAUAAUUAUCAACAUCAUUGUUAUCAUAAUGCCAUCAUUAUGACAUCAUCAUCAUCAUCAUUGUUAUCAUCAUUCAUACAAAUUUAAAAAAAAUCAAUACCUUUCUUCCUUGUAUCUUAUGUGUGUUUUGGCUUUAUGUAAUUUGGGCAAAUAAUAAUAAUAUUAUUUAUUGAAUGAAGAUGAUGUGAACUGUGGAAAUACAAGUUUUAAAUGAAGAUAUGAUUGUUGCAGUAGUUAUUGCAAUUUAAGCAAUUAUUGCAAAUUAACCCAAAAAAACCUUCAGGACUUCAACUGGAUUUGCAACCAUGGCCUCAGCGUUAGUGCUGCAGUGCUUUAGCAACUGAAAUUUGUAUUUCCACAGUUCACAUAAUCUUCAUUCUAUAGGAAAAACUAUUCUUCAACACCAACAAUUUUUUGAAACUUAAGCAGAGCUUUCAGAAUUAAUCCAUCCAGUUGCUGGUGUUGAUGGAUAUAUUUUUCCUGUAAUAUGUCCCAUCAGCAGAAUCUCCACUCUGUCAUCUUCAUUCUAUCAUCUCUUCAUUCUUUUUUCCUGUAAUAUGUCCCAACAGCAGAAUCUUUACUGUGUCAUCUUCAUUCUAUGUUUCAUUCCAUUCACGCGUUAAGAUGAACUCAACAAAUUGGCCUGCUCCCAAUGUAUGGGUCUUCAUAGCUCAGUUGGUAGAGCACUGCAGCCCUAACACAGAGGCCAUGGCUUUGAAUCCCGUUGAAGUCCGAGAUUUUUUUCAGGUUAAUUUGCAGUUCCUUAAAUUGCAAUAACCACUCAGUGCGACAAUCAUACCUUAAUUUAAAAUUAAUAUUAUUAUUCAUUGAUAUUUUACGUUUGAUCUUACAGUUGUAGAUAACAUGGCUUCAAUGAAGUGAGUUUCUUUCCUGUUUUUUCCUUUAGAUGAUGUCAUUCAGUUUACUGCUAUCACCUGGUUGAGAGAGUUUAUUAUACUCUCAGGGCGCACAAUGCUGCCCUUCAAUGCUGGCAUUUUAAAAGCAAUAUUACCAUGCAUGGCUUACGAACAAGACAAACAAAAUAUCCUUUAAUAUUGCAUACAUGUAUUAUAAUCAACCACCUAUAAUUUAUGCUCAGAGACCCCAUGGGGACAGCUAAAUGUGAAUGAAAUAAAUUUAUUAGUUUAAAUAGCAUAAAGUGAAAAAUUCUGUUAGAAUUCUGUUAAUUAACCUUGACUUAGUCUAAAUAUCAAAGAAGUAGCCAAAGCUGUCAAUCAAAGUCUAAUGCGACUGAUCACUGAGGAUGAUGACAAAGACUUUGACAGUGACAGUGUAGCCAUGGAUUGUGAUAACGCUGUUGUUGAGCCUCAAACCCAGCUUGAUGUUGGUCCUGUUGUAGAUGUACUCACCCUUUACAUGACUCACAAGUCAAUUCAGACCAGAAUAGCUGUGUUGCGAUGGGUGUUGCUUCUGCAUGUAAAGACCCCUAAUAAGGUUAGUUAGACUUGGUACUGAUCCAACUCUUAAAUUUUCAAGGGAUUUGAUUCAGUUCAAUGGUAGUUUUACACCUUAUUCUAAGUUGGCGUCAACUUUUGAUUUUCUUUUGUCUUCAUGAUAAUUGGCCCUCAAUGCCUUGCUUCAAAGUAAAAGUUCUUUUUAAUUCUCCAGGUGAAUAAUUUGAGGCAUAGAGGGAUGAUAAACAUAAAUAAGUGGUGUUGCCACAAUUUUGGGAUAAGGUGUUUAAUCAUAGUUACUUUAAACACUUUGAAUCAUGUGAUUGUUAUUAAAUUGUUUGGACAGGUAUGGAAAAGUGAUGACAAAUAAGCCAAAAGUGGUAUUUUUGUAGUUUUGAAGUUUUCACCCUUUUUAUUCACUAUCUAGUUAUUACUUUCUUUAUCAGCCUUGACAAAAUACUUUGUACAUCUCCAACAAAAACGAAAAGAAAUUAGUUUUGACUAGCCUGAGUAGCAAGCACACAAGAAAUUUAGGCUGAGAAUAAGAGUUUACUGCCCUUCUCAUGUCUUCCUCUUUUGAAUGCAUCACCCGUCAAGCACCCUGCAUUUCUUAUUGGCCUGCAAUGCAGUUGGCCAACUUGUUACAUGAGUCUUGUUGUUAUUGGGCAGAGUACAAUAUUUUGUUUCCCUGCAGGUCAUAAACAUAUUUCUAGUGCGCAGUGAAUGUCUCUUUGUCUUGAAGACACCAUUAAUUUUAUAUAUUAAAUUUACUACAUGGACGAUGAAUUACACAUUCAUCAAGUAUCUUUUACUAGAUAAUUAUGUACUGCAUAUUACAUUACUGUAGGUUGCUAUCAGGCAAGUCUCUGAAUUUGAUGGUUAGGUUCUUUUCAUAUAUUAAUUUACAGAUCUUUGGUCAAAUUGAUCAGCUUUUCCCUAAACUGUUGGAUACUUUAUCAGAUCCCUCAGAUGAGGUAUGUACAGUGCAACCAUGAAGUACAGAGACCCUCCCUCUUAAGUUACAGUUAAGUUAAAUUUGUUUAGAAUAGAACUCGAUAUAAGGAACCCCUAGCCAGGUGUAAUGCAUGUGAACACAAUGCAGAAGAUUGAAACAAAUCUACCCUGGUGUAUAAUAAAUAAUCAAUAAAUCUGAAGGAUUUCAGCAAAAUGAGGAUGUGAACAUUGCAUUUAUUUUCUGACAACUAAUGUUGUUCUGCAUUAUAGGCAUAUUAGUACAUGUGUAUAUGUAUCACACUGACCCUUGUAUGUUCUAUAUUUAUGUGUUUCUUUCCUGUUUCCUCUCUUUUAUAUUUCAUACUUUAUAUGCUUCUCUUUUUUUUCUCUUUUAUCCGAAAUAAAACUGUAAUUUAAGCAAAGGUGAUGUAAUUAGUUUCUAUAUCUUACCCUUCUCCAUUUUUUCUUGUAAUCUGAUUCUUAAAUCUUGUGAAUGAUAUCUUCAAAUCUGUAAUAUAUGGGUGGGGAGGGGGGAUAUAUAUUAUAAAUGGCCUGUAAUAUAAAAUAAAUGGAAAAAAUGAAUAAAAUACAAAUAAUUAAAAAAAAAAAUGUAUCACUUUAAACCCACUAUGACCUUUGCCAUGUUCACCCUUUAGCUCCACACUUAUACAGUGUGAAAAAAAAAACAAACAAACAAACUAUAAAGUUCUUUUCUUGCAGGUUGUUCUUCUUGAUUUGGAGGCACUUGCGGAAAUUUCUGCCUCCCCAGCUGGACCUCCAAGGAAUAGUUCAACUCAAAGCAUGUCUGAAGCUGGUUCCCCGGUCAGCAGCUCAUCAGAUCAGACAUCUGCCCCUCACAGGCAGCUCAAUACGUACUUUCACAAAUUCAUGCACAAUGUCAUGCAGUUGUUUAGGACAGAUAGAAAACUGCUGGAAGAAAGAGGCUCUUUUAUUUUGAGGUAAGUUAUACCUGCUUUGAUUGAGUGUACCACUUAUAUUUUUACAACUCUUAAAAUACACUAAGUGCUGAUUAAUUCAGUAUAUUUUAAAUCUGAAGCUAACAACGCAUCUAACACCUCCUGCGGCUCCUGUUACUUUUUUUUAGCGCACGUACUGUUACGAGAAAACUGAAAUUUGCUGUUUCAAUUUUUAUCUUUAUCGUUCUUUAGGCAGCUCUGUCUUCUGUUAAAUGCAGAAGACAUUUACAGAGCAUUAUCAGAGAUAAUUGUUCAAGAAGAGGACUUGCUGUUUGCAUCUCUCAUGGUGCGAUAUUUGAACAUGAUUUUGCUGACAUCCAGUGAACUGUUUGAUCUCCGGGACCAGCUCAGAGAACUGGCCACGCCUGUAAGUAACAGUUAAUAUAGAAUGUGUUUUGCUUUUGACUUAGGGAAUCCCUCAGUUCGGCGUCAAGUACUCUUGGCUGGCCUCAAGGAAACAGCGAGUUUUGUUUUACUUCAGAGAACGUUGAGGGUCGAGAAUAAGAAAGAUCAUUGUUUGCGUGUGGGGUCUGUUUUUCAGUGCUUUCUUAUACUUUCCAAGUCAAAAUGAAACAAAUCUUUGAAAGGGGCUGUGUCACGACAGCCCAGUACACAUUGUUUAAUUUUGCCAAUUACUCGCCCUUAAUCGCUAUGGAACUUAAAGUAAGCAAAGAAAUUACAGGUACAUGACAAAAUCAGAGAUCCGAGACAAACAAUAUGUCUCCUGAGCAUUAUUUUAGUUAGUUUCUCGGCUGCGACUGCGAAUACUUGGACAUAGAUUUCCCGCGGUCUCGAAGUACAGGAACUGAUUUGGUGCGACUAGCUCCCUAGGGACAUGGCAAGUGAGUUUUGUUCGGCCUAGGGACUUUAAAAAGAGUUUUGCACAUAGCACGUAACACAUUCUUAUCCAGUCCAGAAAACGAGAUUGAAUUAUGAGGUUAAAGAAAAUUUUCCAGUGACGUUGGUCAAAUUAAUGACGACUUUGAACCCGUUGUUGUUGUACAGUGUCUUUUCACUUUAAUUUAGUUUUUACUUCUGCUUUGCUUUCUCUUCUAGGAUAGCUGUUCGUUGUUUUGCUGUUUAUAUCAAUCGUGGUGUCAUAAUCCCGUUGCAACAGUCUCCUUGUGCUUAUUAACACAAAACUACAAACAUGCUUGCGAUCUUCUCAUGAUUUUGUAUCCUUUACAAUCACCAUCCUUUCCGCAUUUAUUAUACGAUUUAUCUUGGUUAUCAGAACAGGUUUUGAUUAUUGAAAGUCCUACUCUGACUCCAUGUAAUUGGCUGAAAAUCUCAACAAAUUUGAAUUAAAACUUAACGCACUGACACAAGGUCACACGUGUCUCCCGCGCUUGGUGUAGGCGUGUAUUUGCUUUGAGAUCUGAUUGGUUCCUUUGAACGUGACUGUCUAGUGCAUGCAUUGUGUUUGGCUUCUUUGUUACUUUGGUUUUGAUCUUAUGACCGGCGUUUUAAUCCCUAAAGUUUAAAUGUAACUUAACCUCGUGACCUACUUCUAGAUCAUACCGUACAUUUUGUACUUUUGUUGGCGUCGGUAAAUUCUAUAGUUCAGGGUUCGUACAGGUCAUUGAAAACCUGGAAAGUCAUGAAAUUUAAGAAUUUUAUUUUCCAGGCCUGGAAAGUCAUGGAAUUUAAUUGUCGGUCCUUGAAAGUCAUGAAAAAAUUAGUUUGGUAUAGAUUAGUCACUGCAGAUGUCAUUACUGAGUUAGGUCAAAAAAUACCCUAAAACAAGCAAAUUGUUGAGAAAUUUUUAACGUGGCACCUUGGUCAUGGAAAACUAGGAGAGGCCAUGAAAAAAGUCAUGGAAAGUCAUGGAAUUUGAAGAGCUUAAGAGAGUACGAACUUUGUAGUUUGUAGCACUGCUUGCAGUCGCCUAGAACAUCAGUAGGGGCGGAUCUAGGGGGAGGGUGCAGGGGGUGCACACACCCCCCCCCGAGAUGACUUGCGGUUUUCUAAUACAACUGGUAUACUGCAAAAAAAAAAAAAAACUAUGUGGUUUAUUGGUGUUGAAGUAGAUCAAGAGACGAGUGCACCCCCUCCUAAAAAAUAUCCUGGAUCCGCCCCUGCUCAGGCAACGCUACUCAGUAGUGACGAGCCAAAAGGCACAUCUACGGAGUAGGCUAUCUGAACAGUGAAAAAGUGAAGGCUGUGGGUAUGGCGUCGCUGUGGCCAUGCAAGCUGAUAUUCUUAUGAUUUAUGUUGUUAGAGUGGUUUUCGUUUGAGUGUCGUAAAACCAAAACCAAAGUAAUUACUCUGGCCAAUCACAUAGGACACAGACAAUACAUUGAACCAAUCAAAACUCGAAGUAAUUACAUGUGGCUGACGCAAAUUGGCUUUGGUUUUACUUCUGAUUGGAUGAAAAGGUGGCGCGAAUCUUUUAAGCCAAUCGCAUCGUGUAGAAAGUGCAAAACCAAUUACUUUUCGACACUCAAGUGAAAACCGCUCUAUCAUUACAACAGUUAUAUCCCUUGACAUUCAUUCCAUCAGUGGACAACUGGAAGUGAAUGUUGAAUUUCUCAUCCAGAUAGACAAACUUGUUCAACUCAUAGAGUCUCCCAUAUUUACAUGUAAGUACGCAUGGCUUUAUCUUGGCAUGUAAAAUCAAGAGCUAUAAUACGACACUGUCCUAUUAUGGCUCUUGGUAAAAUCUAACAGCGCGAUCAUUAAAGAUUUCUCAGGAUUUUAAAUGUUAUUCCGAAUUGCCAGGUUUGUCCUGAUUCCACAUCUUUGGAUUCGGUUCACUGAAACCUAUAGUGUGACCAUUCUUUUCAAACCACUUUGGUUGCGUAUUUUUACAUGGUACUAUUUUAAUGAAUUUGUUUCAUGCCGCACAGUUCUAACUAUUCAGUCUGUGGACCUAGGGCUAUUUAUACGCGGAAAAAUAAAACGCGUCUUACAUAAGACGCGAACUGUACCAUCUAUACGAACAUGUCUUAUCUAAGACGAGAACAGCUCGUAUAAAUGGUUCGCGUCUUAUUUCUGUUCUUGACUCGUUUUCAUGUAAAUGUUGCCCGUAGCAACGGCAAUCCAACGUGGCGCGCCAAAAAUUAACGCAUGCGUACUAUGCGUUCGCGUCUUAUGUAAGACGCGAAGGUCAUUUAUACGAAGCUUUUCUCGUCUUAGCUAAGACGCGUCUUAUCUAAGAACAGGUGUUAAGGGCUGUUCUAUAAUAAGACGCGUCUUAGCUAAGCUGCGUCUUAUUUUAAACGAAGUGUGCCGUUUAUACGGAAAGUUCGCGUACUAUUUAAGACGCGUCUUAUGUUUCCUCGUACAAAUGGCCCUAUUGUCGUACCUUUUCAGCAGUACACUCACGAGGUGCUAUUUAGUUAUUAGUGAACUUACGCAACAGUACGGGAGAGCAGGGAGACGAAAGAAGACGGCAAACCUUGUGUGACAAACGUGACAAUAACUUUGUUUGAAAAAACAUUCCGCCAAACCUAACCUUCCUUUAAACAGAUCUGUUUGUAAUAGACAAGAAAACAUAAAAUGUUAAGUGAAGAUCACGACAAAACAGGUAAGUAAUGGUCCUGUCACGUUUGUCACACACAAACGUUUUGCCAUCCUCUUCUUCCUAGUACCGUCCUGUUGCGUAAACUCACUGAUAUGUUUUCAGUUUUCACACUGUUCAUCCCGUGGACAAAAUCCCACGAUCUAGCCCGAUUUAAAUGAAAUCUCUUUAUUACCACAUCUUUGUUAGAGUACUCACUACUGUUUAUUUUUCUUAAGUCUGAUUUUGUUGGUACUGUGGGAAGCAAAAACUUAAAACUGUAGCUUUUUACUUUUAUUUAUUCAGACUUGCGCCUUCAGCUGUUGGACACACAACACAAUCAUUUUCUUCUCAAGUCAUUGUACGGCUUAUUGAUGCUUCUUCCUCAAAGUGAUGCUUUUACUACAUUACGGAACAGACUGGACUGUGUACCAAAUGGGAGGGUACUCUCAUGUGAUCUCAGGUAAUGAUCUUUGAGUGAAACUUAAGUUCUAUUCAGUCUAUUACGAGGAAGUCACAAUGUAGGGGGUACUCAACAAUAAAGUUUUCGAGUGAAAAGGAGUCGUUUUGUACCGCUUCUAGACGAACGGCCCUUUUAUGUACUCAAGUGGCGGUUUCCCCCACCUUUUUCUACAAAUGUACCUCAACGGUUAAAAUCGGAAAAAAGUGUAGCCUUUUCCAGGAUUCAAGAUAGUGGUUGGUGUUUGCACACUCCGUGAAAAGUGCUUGGAAAAAAGAGAGAGUGAGAACGAGAGGGAGAGAGAGAUCCUUCUUAAAAGCUUCCAUGAAGCGUAAAUCGAGUAUUUUCCUAAAUCGUUAACGUUUCAUUCCUUUUCUCUUACAGUGACAAAAGGGGAUUACUUGACUUUCCAUGUCGUGAACAUGUGCAGAGAAUCAAUUUUCAGGAACUCUUGCAGCAGUUCAAGACUGUCCAACAAAAGCACUUCAUAAACAGACACUCUCGCUCUUCGUUUCUGGCGAAAAACCUGUUAAAUGCCUAGUUUACAGACAAAAAGAUAAGAAUAUAUUCAGAAUCAUAUGUAAUUAAAUGAUAUUUUUAAAUUGUAAAUUAGUUAUUUGUAAACAUUUUUUGGUCAGAGCUACACGAUAAAUUUAGUCAUAGAAGCUUCGUAGAUCGUAUUCAGUCAGUUCAUUGUCCCUCUGUUUUUAUAGUCUUGCAACAAUUUUAGUCUUUUAGUGUUACAUUCAGCUUGCCUAUAAGCUGUUAUUAUGGCAAGAUAGUGUUUAUAAAUCAAAGUUUAUAACAGUUAUUUUGAAAGUCACAAAAAUCUUGCAAAUAAAGUUGAAUAUCUCCG